UAACCAAUCAAAUUAUUCCAGGGAAAAGCUUUAGCCAAUCAUUAGGCUUCUAAGCAAAGCGACGGAGUGAGAAAGAGAAAACAUACAACGGAGGUUGUUGCGUCUCGCAGUGUUUACUUUCGUGAGUCUGUCGUCUUAAAAGCGCAACUUAAAAGAGAAUGCGGACGUUUUUAGCUGACAUAGUCGAGCAAGGUUUUCCGAUGAUCUCUGUUCAUAAAGCGACUCUCGCCGGGACUGUUUACAAAGUCGUCUUCACCAGCUAAGCUAGUCGCUGUGCACCAACACUCUGACUCCCACCAUCUCUACCUAAAAUGGCAGCCCUGCUACAGCGACCCCACGCGGCUGUGCUCUGUUUGUCGAUACUCUACUUGACCGGUGGCAUGUCCAUCCCGGACCCCAAGCAGAGAGAGGCUCUAAUAAAGCAGGAGUCCUCCAUGCAGACAGGUGGGCAGCAGGUGUUGACUGACGCCGAACAGCGUCUGAAUGCUCGCCUGUUAAAAAUGAAACAAGACGAGAUGGAAAGAGAGGAAUUCCCUCCUGCUAUGCACUUCUUCAAAGCCAGGGAACUCAUCAGGAACAGUCCCAUCUUCAAGCUGCUGCAGAAAAUGCCUAAAGGUGGAGCUCUACAUCUCCAUGACUUCUCCAUGGUAGAUGUAGAAUGGCUGGUGAAGAACGCGAGCUAUCGGCCACAUUGCUAUAUUUGCUUUACUAGCCGGUCCGUCAGGUUCAUCUUCUCGUCUCAGCAACCGAAGCCUCUGCCAUAUUGCUCUUCUUGGUCCCUGCUGGAAAGCCUCAGGGCCAAGACCGUGAACACCACGGAUCUCGACAACAGCAUCAUGGGCAACCUGACGCUCUUCACUGAUAAGGAUCCAGAGGCAGUGUACCCCACUCAGACUGUGGUGUGGAGUAUAUUUGAAGAGACCUUCCAGGCAGCGUAUGGUCUGGUUACUUAUGCUCCUGUGUUCAAAGACUAUUUCUACCAGGGCCUCAGCCAGUUCUACAUGGACAAUGUUAUGUAUCUUGAACUUCGCGCUAUACUUCCAAAGAUAUAUGAUUUGGAUGGCCGCACUUAUGACAAGGCCUGGAUUUUGAAGACCUGCCAGGACAUCUCAAGGCAGUUUGUAGCAAACCAUCCUGACUUUGUUGGCGUGAGAAUCAUCUUUACCGCCAAAAGGACAAUAAACACUAACACAAUGCUUAAAGUUGUGGAGCAGGCUAUGGAGCUGUACAGAGACUUUCCUGAUAUCAUGGCUGGUUUUGAUCUGGUGGGUUGGGAGGAUGGCGGGAGACCCCUGUGGUAUUACAGAGAUGCCUUGUCGCUCCCUGUAGAGAGAGGGGUCCCACUUCCUUUCUUUUUCCAUGCUGGAGAGACAAAUUCUCAGGGUACGGAAGUAGAUCAGAACAUAUUGGAUGCUCUUCUCUUUAAUACGUCACGCAUUGGACAUGGAUUUGCACUAACGCGCCAUCCAGUCGCCAAAGAGUGGUCUAGAAAAUAUGGGGUUGCUGUGGAGGUGUGCCCCAUCUCCAACCAGGUGUUGAAGUUGGUCAAAGACUUGCGAAACCAUCCAGCUGCUGCACUAAUGUCUGAAAACCACCCGUUUGUCAUCAGCUCUGAUGACCCCGCCAUAUUUGGUGCAUUUGGCCUCUCUUAUGACUUCUAUGAAGCUUUCGUUGGUUUGGGGGGCAUGCGUUCCCAUGUAGGCUCCCUUAAACAGCUGGCCAUAAACUCUAUCAGGUAUAGUUCUUUGAGUCCCGAGCAAAAGGAGAAAGCGCUGUCUCUGUGGCAGAGAAGAUGGGAUAAGUUUGUCUCUGAAAAUGCCUUUUAGUAGUAAACUUGCAUUUGAAAACAACAAACAAUGAUACAAGCAGUCCUUUCUGCUGUGAAAGGGGCCUUUUGUAGGACAGUCGAAGCUGAAUCAUGAGUGUAAAUGUCAAAAACUGCUGAAACAGCCACUGAGCAGGUUUGUGGUCGGCACAAAUAUAGUGUUGUUCCCCACAAUGUUUUGUAAUGAAAGAAAUAAUAAUGUGUCAUAACAUGUCGGCUACUGUGGGGGGAAAAAAAGCCUUUAAAAAAGGUAGAACAGACUCACAAUGCCAUGUUAAAUACAGUAACGGUGUCACACAGCUUUAAGUGAUCGAGCUGUUAACUGCUGUUUUACUCUCUGUGGUUCUCUCACAUGUUGCAUAAGCGUGACAGGUAGCUUUUUUGUGUGCGUUUUAAAUCAUAUGACCUAUGGAACAAUUUCCUUUAAAGACAGCAUUUUUUUUU